AUCAACCCAGUACCACUGGUAUUGACGUUAAUGUUAUCGAGCUAACUGAACAAAAUGCAGAAGAUCCCUGGAAAAAGCGAGAAGCGAAGAAGUUUACGAGCGAUGAAAUUGAGGCAAAGACUGUGUUAUACAAAAAAACUGCCGAGUACCUUGAUAGAGGAGUUCAGAGGAAUUUAGAAGGCGAUGCGCCAGAACCAUUCAAGCCAGUGAUACCAGUGAAGCCAGUGAUACCAGUGAAACCAUUGCCAGUGAAGCCAUUAUUAAGAGAAGAAAUCUCCGAAAUCAAAUUGCAGAGGUCCACUGAACACGACCAGAAAGAAGUUCUUCGGGUAUUUGUAAGUGACUUUGCUGGACAGCCAAUCUAUUACGAUACCCAUGGCUACUUUGUGAAACCGCAUUGCCCUUAUGUUUUGGUUCACGACCUUUCUCUGGAGUUUGAUAAACCCGCCGUUCCCAAAUUUAAAACAAGUUAUGAAGAGGAAGAGACAGAGAUGAACAAUCCUUAUCUUAAUACCAAUUUAGAUAAUUUUACAUCAUGGUUGAAGUUUCUACAAGGUUUGGGAGAAUGCCAAGAUCAACAGUUUCCUGAUAAAUCUCGUCACUGUACCACUGCAAAAGGUGAGAAGUUUGAACUGCCACCAGUUUUAAUAGCUUUAACUAACAGCGGUAAGGUGAAAGGCAACGGUGUACAAAAUAGACUCAACAAGAUCAUGUAUGCAGGACAAUAUAAGAAUGUCGUCCCAGAGUUUUUCCUGAUCGACAAUACAUUGGAAGGCGACGACGGAGACGACGUGCGAAAACUUCGUAGAAAGCUUUUUGACCUCUCGAAUGCAGUCCUUGACCAGGAGAUUUUAAUGCCUGUGAAGUGGCUAGAGUUUGAAGCUGCUCUAAGCCAGAAGCUAUCACCAGAUUGCAAGUAUAUCCCAGUUGACGAAGCUAAACGGGAAGCGGAGGCCUGUGGCGUUGGGGAGUUUAACCAAGCUAUCAAAUUUCUACACCGCCAAGGUGUGGUCGUACACCACAGUGGAUCCAGCAAGGUUGUAUUGGAUCCUCCCUGGUUAAUGAAUCGCUUUACGAAAGUGAUCUCCAUGCCUGCCAAAUUGGAUGCAUUGUCCAGGCACACUCUUGAUGUGUUCAAGCAGAAAGGCAUUUUGUUUCAAAAAUAUAUUCAGAAGCUGGAAGACGCAGAACUUUUAGAAGAGCUGAUGCAAAUGUUUAAUUUGAUUUGUCCUUGCCAGCACGAUGGAAAGGCAGCUUUUUAUGUCCCUUCAGUUGCUCCAACUAUGAUACCAGGAAAAGAGUUGGAAGCUAGCAUUGUUCCAUCGCUGUUUGUGACAUUUCCUCGCAAACUUGUACCAAUGGGCCUGUUUACGAAGCUUCAAGUGAGGUUAAUUUCUGAGUGGCAAAAGCGCUUCCCCAAUCAACAAGUCACGUUGUCCUUCUAUUGCAACUACUCCUUGCUUCCGCUUAUUAUGGACGGCGACGUGUAUGAUGUUUGUUUAAUCGACCUCCACGAGUUCAUCAAGGUUACCAUUUUUCCAAAACAGGAUGGCAACCAUUUCAAGUUUGCCAGUCAUCUCCUAGCCAUCUUGAAAAAGUGCUUGGACGAUCUUAAAUCUCCAGAUCAACUAUUAUUCAGCAUGACCAGCUAUGACCUCGAAGUGAAAUGUACCUGCUGCUUUGGUAAAGAAGAAAGAAAAUGUUCUCGUCAUCAUGAGAUCCAGUGUCAUUCAGACCGUUGUGGGCACCGUCACUUCUGGAAGCUUAGUGACCUUCAGAGAUUCUACGAUCAUUUUGUUGUAGUUUGCCCGUUGAACAACUCGUGCACGAAGUUUGACAUAAAGAGUGUCACAAUUUGGCUCAAUACUGGUAAGUGGCUAAUGCUAAAGGCGUUUUUAGUUUGCCAGUUUUGA